AUCUUGGAAGCCGGCGCGCCCGUGUACGUGCCGACGACUCUGUCAUUGACAGUCGGGAAACAGCCAGACGACGUCCACGCAACACCGCAAGAGGAGUUCUUUCGGCUGCUUGAGGAGGAUGUCCAGUGCAUCAACGCGUUCACAACGAGGGUCGCCGUGGGCCUCCGGUCUCAACUGCGGAAGGUGCUGGUGGGACUGGCGGGGGGGUACCAACCGCAACAGUGCCAACAACAGCACCUGCAGCAGGAUCAGCAAGUAUCAACAUACGGCAAUGGCACGACAGAUGCUGAGGGCGGUGCAGUCAGCCCGGUGGUGGUGGUAUUGCCGCCUCCUUCCGGCGACCUGUCCGAUGCUGCCACUCGGGAGCACUGGCUGGCGGUUGCGAGGAGGCUGGGGGAGGAGUACCUUAGGCUGGAGAAGUACGUCAACCUGAACUACACGGGCCUCCAAAAGAUUUUGAAGAAGCACGACAAGCUCAUUCCCUCCGCACCUUGCUGGAACUUCUACAAGCAAAAGGUUCACAUAAACGGCCAACCCUGGGUGCGAGGCGACCACCAUGACAUCCAGCUCCAUGCAGCCGCAGUGGCUGCGGGUGGUGCGGGGUAUGCCUCCGCCCCCACCUCCGCAGCGGCCGCUAGCUCUCGCGGCCUAACCGGCACCCCGGGUGCGGUAGCUGGCCACCACAAGGACUUCACCAACAGCACCUUCUGGGUGCGACUGGAGGAUGUGGCGCUGGUGAAGCAUGUGCUGAUGCAGCACAUGGCCGUACAGCCCCCGCCGACGAACGCCGCCGCCGCCGCAGGCGCCGCCACCGGUUCCGCCGCCCUAUGGGCCGAGUGUGACUCGGCGUCUGCUGACCUGGUCAACUGCACGUUCCUGGAUAACGCCUCCUUGGAACUGUACCACAAUCUGCUGUACGGCAGGCCGUACGCAACGACUUUACAGCUCCGUUGGUACGGCAGCCGCGUGCCUGAGACCAUUGACGUCAUUCGGCAGGUGCACCGGGAGGGCUGGCGGCCGGAGGACUGCGCGGAGGACAGCUUUCCGCUCCAAGAGACCCGGGUGGCCGAUUUUCUGAACGGGCGGUGGACCUGGGCCGACGCUCGCAAAUUGAUGAUGCCAGAGGAAUACGGCAUCCGGCCCAAACAACCACAACAUCAACGCAACACAAGCCACGCCCACCACAACCACAGCCACCGUAACCACCCUAACCGCCAACCAGUUGCCCAAACCGACAGCUGGCCGCGUGGCGACGCUGCGUCCUCUGGCGCCGUCGGAUCAUCAACGGCCGUAGCUACCACUGCUGGCACCUUGGGCGGCGGCGGCGGUGCAGGUGGCGGCAGUAGCAGUGGUAGCAGCAGCGGAGCUGGAGCCCGUGUUACAAGCAAUAGAAGUGGUGGUGGUGGUGGUGGUGGUGGUUCUGCGACCCACGGGUUGCCUGCGGAUGACCCCGCACGUCUUGCCAAGGAGUACCAGCUGUUCAAAACGUUCACUGAGGUGGCCCGGCUGGUGGAGAGCAAGGGACUGCAACCCAUGGUGCAGAUGCGGUUCCGUAACACCACCUUCCGGGAGCCAUGCGAUGAGUGGGGGCUGAAGGCCUUGUUGGAGGAGGACGUGCAGAUGCUGCUGGAGUAUGCGUACGACACCUCGACGCGUCUAUCCCACGGGCUGUGGCGCCAGGAGCAUCCUGCUGACGCUAUCGAGUUUCCGUACGCAAUAUUCAAAGUUCAGCGGCCGGAUGAGGCUUUCGAUGUCCCCCAUUGGCUCAGGCAGCUGCUGCAGUCGGGGCUGCUUAGACCGAUGAAUGACUUCAGCAAGUUCCUGCACGCCUGCGCGGGGCUCCUGCCGGACAUGGUACGGGCCGUACCGCAGUGGAUCGAUGACGAGGUCAUACAGAAGAGCUUGUACGCCAACGUGAUGGCCAAUGAGGAAUUGCAGACCCUUUCCCCACUGCGUCCCCUGGCUCCCCGUGCCCUGCUGCUCGCAGGUCACAAUGUGGUGGCGGAGAUGGAGGAGGGAGUCCGGGAGCAAACUGCGGCAGGAGCAGCAGCAGCCGUGUACGUACCACCCACCCGCACAACCUCCGCACCACUCGCCUCCGCUGCUUCCAUGCAGCCUGGACGGAAAACCAACAACUACAGCAACAACACCAAUCGCACGACAGCAGUAGCAACAGCCGCCGCAGUCAUCACUCCAUCUGCAGCCCCCGGCCAGCCCGGGAGGAGCUCCAAAGAGCAGCCGCAGCCGCACCCAGGUACCUCACGGUCCCCCUCCAUGCCGCUGAAUCGACCAAACAAAGUUAGCAACAGCAGUAGCCAUAGUCACCGACAGCGCCAUCAGCUGCCGACGAAUCAUGGCAACACCAGUUGCAGGAGGACCAGCGGCGAUGAGCUAGCAGCGGCGGCGGCGGCAAGGGGGGGUUCAGGUGCAGCACAGGAGGGGGAGGUGGAGGGGGAGCAGGCAGUUUCUGAGGACAGCUCCUCGCCGUUGAUUCCGUUGCUGCACUCGCUUCAACGCAACGUGUCUUCCCGGCUGGGGGGCGCGGCGGCAGCGGUGCAGGCGGGCUGGCAGGCCAAGCUGCUGCAGCGGCAGGCAUUGCAGGGUCGUGCCUACCAGCCCCAGCUCAUCUUUCUGGACCCGGCUCAGUCCUACGUAACGAGCGCAUCUUCUUGCAGCAUGUUGGGCUUCGCCGCCAGCGCCCACACCAACCCCUUCGAGCGACCCACAGUCCACAUCUCGGAAACGACCGCCUUCGUACUGCUGGCCUUGUCCAUUGCCAUGGCGGGGUACGGCCUGGGGGCCUUUGUCUGGAGGUCCACUCGCUUCUACGAGCUGCAUCCGGGGAGGUUUGACGACACCGCUGGCGCACUGGCCAUGACUGUGGUCAUCACGUUUGCGCUCUUCAGUUUGUUGAUUUGCAACCUGGCGGACCUCAUGGAGGUGUUGGGUGACGGGGAGGGACACGCGCCGGGGCAAGGGCUUGCGGCCGCGGAGGCGAGGGCGGGGCUGAGGGGGGGCCUGGGUUCGGCUCGUGCCACAGCCUCUGCUUCUCCACAGAAGCGGCGACCUCCUUCGCCGUUGUUACGCCUCGUCUAUGCGAAUCCUCCUCAUCCGACUGUGUCUUCUGCCUACCCGACUGCCGGCGGCGCUCUGCAGAUUGCGGCACUCCGCGGUCAGGUCAUCGGCCACCCCGCCCUGCUAGUGUUGAGACCCGAGUCCUUCUCCGAGCAGAUCGCGGGGCCGCUGUACCUGGCGGCCAGUAGGGGCCACGUGGAGGCGGUGGCGGCGCUGCUGGCGUGGGGGGCGGAUCCCGCGGCGGCGAACUGUGGGGAUUCUGAGUCCCCGGAGUUCAUCGCUGCCCUGAACGGCCAUGUGGAUGUCGUACGGGUGCUGUUGCGACAUGGACGUGGCCUGGUGGCUAGAGGGCACACUGCCGCCGCUAACGGAAAGCGGUUGCAGCAGUUGGCCCGAGAAACUGGCGGCAGCAGGGGCCUUGCGAUGGGCUGCUACUGCGCCUGCCAGAGCGCGUGUCAAGUAACCGGAAGGCUGACAGUGAGGACCCCUCCCAGUGCGAAGGAGAGGGAGGACGACACGGGCGAGUCAGCUCUGAUGGAGGCCGCUGCGCACGACCACUCGGACGUGGUGUCCAUGCUGCUGGCGGCCGGCGCCUCCCCGCAGCACCGCUCCCUGGACGGGGAGACGGCGCUGCACUCCGCCGCCACCGCGGGAUGUGAGGAGUGCGUGCGAGUGCUGCUGGAGGCGGGGGCGGACCCCGACGCGACCUCGGACCUGGUGAUGUCGUACGAGGAGGUUACACGAUUUUCCGGUCGCACCUUCCGGAACUCCGCCGAGCUGGGCGAGUGGUACCGCCGCCAGCCGCGUCCCACCCGUACUCACUUGAUGGAUCAGGCUGCCGUACUGGGGGGCUGUACGCCCCUGUCCGUGGCCAUCAGCUGCGGCUGGCGGGGGGUGGCUGUGCGGCUGCUGGACGCCGCAGAGUACACCGGCAAGGCGCCCCUUUCCAAGGCUAAAGCGGAUAUGCUGCGGGGCCUGGUAAACCUGACUCUCGCAAGGGGCAACGGCGCCAUGACGACCUUGCUGAUGGACCGCCUGCAAGCCUGCGGCGCGGUCGAUACGAACGCGUCGGCGGCGGCAUCGGGCGGCGCGUUGACCGAGGCGGCGUCGGCGGGCCGUCGCGUCGGCGUCGGCAUCGGCGUCGGCGCCGGCGUGCGCUCCCGUACUCGCAGACCGACCCGCGCAGCUGCUCGCACCGCCGUGGAGGUGUCAAGCACCCGGAACGCCACGCGCGGCAACGGCGGCGAUGGCGGCGGCGACGGCGGCGGCGGCGGCAAUAUGUUUGAUGCGCCGACGGAGCUUAUUGACACGGCGGCGCCGGAGGUACCGGCCGGCGACGCCGCCGCCGCCGCGGCGGCGGCGACGGACUUCCAUUGCCGGUGUUCCCUGCGCGGCGACGCUAUGGACUCCCGCUUAGUAGCAGUAGCAGCAGCGUCAACUAGUGCCGCUGCAGAGCGUGAUGCCGGGGUCCCGUCAGCGUCUACGCCCCUGGCGGCGGCGGCGGCGACUACUGGCGGCAGCGCUGCCGCCGCCAGCGGCGAAUCAAGCGAUGUUAAAGGCGGUGGGAUGGUUGUGCGGUGCCUGCUAGACCCCGGCCAGUCGGCGGUUGGUCCCCGACAGCGGCGGUUGGUGGUUCGUUGCAGCGGCGGUUGUCAGUUGGACUAUCACUACCCAGACUGUUGGCGGCAGUUGGAGACGCUGCUGAAGGCGGCUCGCAGCGAUUACCACGGGCUGAAGGGACCCGUCGGUCGGGGACACGGCGCCGCCGCCGCCGCCGGCAUCCCCUGCUGGGCCCCCGACUGUCGAGGUGUCGUACAAUCCGCUUGCGUCAUGGAGGGGCCCGCCGAGCAGCCCCGCUUCCGCCAGCAGCUCUACGUGGCGCCCUCAUCCCUGGCUCACAACCAGAAUAUCCACCACAACCACCACAACCACCAUCAGCAGGCAGAAAAGUCCGGCGGCAAGGGACAGGCCGCCGACGCCGACGCAGCGGCGGCUGACGAAGAUGGUGACGAUGCUACGGCUGCUACAGCCGGUUUAUGGUCGCGGAAAUCCGAAAAUUUACGCCAGAAGCAGCCGUGGCGACAGCACGCCAGCGUCGGAAAGGGCGGCGCCGGGCAGGCACCGGUGGAGGAUGUGGUGGCGGCCCCUCUGGUCGGGGGAGGGGGCGGCGGCGGCGGUGGAAGCAAGCGGAGCAAGCGCAGCGCCGCCGUCAAGCUGUCUCUGACGGAUCUGUACGGCAAGGAGAGCGGUGGCCCCGUUGCCGCGACAGCGGAGGAAGAGGAAGGGGGCGAGUCGGUGCAGCCGGACGGUGGGUCCCAGAGGGGGGAAAGGGCGGCGGCGGCGCCGCCGUCGCCGCCACCACCUGGCGGCGGCGGCGCGUGGCGGGAUUCUGCCUCAGUGCCCUUUGCCGUACGGCCUGUUUGGGAAUGCGAUGACGCGGCGCCGUACAACGGUUUCCCAGCGUCAGGAGCGAGCCAGGGCCUUAUGAUCGCGCCAGGGCGGUCCUCGUCGGUUGAGCAGGCAGCUAUCAGCGCCAUGGCGGGUGGUGGUGGCGCCGCCGCCGCCGCCGCCGCCACAGCGACGCCACCCCGGCCGUCGGUGGCGGUGACGGAGGAGGACUUCCCGUCCCUGGUUCCCUUGAGCCUGUCUGAGGGGCCUAUGGGGGAUAAGGCCCGUGACCCGAUCAUUCGGGCCCUACAACUACUAAAGGUCCCGGGCACCGACAUCCUCACCCCGCACCUGCUCCUGGAGGGGCCCUGCCUGCGCCACCUCUACACCGUCCUCUUCCGCGGCAGGAGCCGCAUCGCCGACGUGCAACUCCGUGCCGUACUCGAUCGGUACGGCGGCAUGACGGCGUUUCAGUCGUUUGAGGAUGGCGCCGCCGUCGCGGCGAGUUUUCGAGACGAGGGUACGGCUUCGGCGGUGGCGGCUGGGCUCGGCGCCGGCGACGCGGUGGGCCUUAUGGGUCCCGGUAGCCUGGGGGGAUCCGGCGGGCUCGAGGUGAGCUGCCUGCUGGAGUUCCCCUCCGAUGAUACCCUGGCCCGGGAGAUUAUGCAGGCAGAUCGUGCGGCGGCGGGGGGCUCUGGUUUCGGAGCAGGUGGUGGCUUAGGCGGCAGCAAGGUCUAUGGCCUGGAGCUGGGUUCGAAUCUGAGGGCCAACGCGGCGCCGUUUGUGCUGGCAGGCGCUGCGAAGGUGACGGCGGCGCCCGCGCCCGCGGCGGAUCUGCAGCCGCCGCCGCCACGGCAGAUGGCGGCAGCGGCGGCGCCGCCGCGGGUGGCCGUUACGGAGGUAGGAGUUGAGGUGAAGGAUACGGAACGUCUGGCUAGAGAUGACACGGAUGUCCGUACAGCUGCAGCGGCGAUGCAGGCGAUGGCUUGCUCGACGACGCUCCAGGCCGGCCAUGGCGUGACCGGGACGUGUACGGCUGGCUCGACCGAUUCCACGUACGACGGCAACGUCCGAAGCGACAACCGCCGCCCAACGGUCGCGCCGGUCAGAGAGUCUGCUGCCUCUGCAGCCGGCUUUGGCCCUGGCGGCGGCUCCCACUGCGCCCAGGUGGAGAGUGACCCGUGGGCCACUCCGUCAGCCGGUGCGAACUGGUUGGAUGCUGCUUCAUCACCAUCGUCAUCAUCUCCGGUUAAUCCUUGUCGGGAUGGCGACCUGCGACCCGCUGCGGCAGCACCCACUGUUACAGAGGCCGCGGCGUCAAGGACGGCGUCCGCAGGUUAUCCGAAGCCGGCGUCGCCGUCAGCGCCCACGUCCGGGGUAGCGCAAGGACCGGCGGCCGUGGUGGCGGGGCCGGCGGCGUCUGCAUUUGCGGCCGCGGCCCGGGCAUUCCCGGCGGUAGCGGCACUGCCACGAAUGCCGACGGCGUCGGCGUUUCAGGUGGCGGCGCCGGUGGUGGCGCCGGUGGCGGCGCCGGCGGUGGCGUCUUCUACAGCCCCAACGGUGCGGCCAUCAGUGCCUGUGGUGGCGGCGGCAACGGCAGCACUCCGUACGGCGCUCCCCGUGCACCUGGCGGCUGUUACCGCCGCGGCGCGCCCGCCGCCGCAGCCACAAAUGCCACCGCCGGCGGUGGCGGUGGCGGCUACACUGUUGCAGUCUCCAUCCGCCGCCGCCACACACGCACAGCCGCCCCUCCAGCGUGCGACCCCGCCAAGCCUCAUGCUCCACCUUCUGAAGCGGCCUCAGUCGCAGCCGCCACCUCCCGCGGCAUCGCCUCUGGCGCCGCCUGUCGCCACCACAUCCCCUGGCCUCAUCCACUUGGCAACACCCACCACCGCCUCUUCGUCGCAGGGACAGCCCCCGUCGAGCACGCCGUGCGAGGCCGCGGCGACACGGCCACCGUCGGGUAUGGCUGCCGCGGCAGUGGCGGCGACGGCUGCGGUGACGCCCAAAUCCGCAACAAAGAACGUGCAGGGCCAUCAGGUCCGGGCGGCAGUAGCGACGGCUGGCGGCGGCGGCGGCGGCGAAAGGCCAAUUAACAACUCCUUCCUGGCCAUGCCUUGGUUGGCGGGUCGGGCAGCCGUACAGUCAUUGGCGCCGGCUGGACCGCUGGUUGCUGCGGCGGCGGUACCGCCACCGCCACCGGCGCCGGUCCUGACGGCGCCGUCGGUUCCGGCAGCUGCGCCGGCGUCGACAGGUACCCUAGUAGCGGUGGCGGCGCCGCCGCCUGAUAUGGCCGCAUAUGUGCCCCCGCUGGAGCUAGAGCGGGUGCGGGUGCGGCCUCUGCUUCUCCACAGAAGCGGCGACCUCCUUCGCCGUUGUUACGCCUCGUCUAUGCGAAUCCUCCUCAUCCGACUGUGUCUUCUGCCUACCCGGAUGUCCUCCAAGCCUUCUUGGCCUCCGCCGCGCGAUUGCUCGCGCUCUGCCAUCACUUCGCUGUUACUGGCGACCGAUAUGCCAGCAACGUCAAAUCGCCUUAUCUACUUUACUAUUGAGCUGGGUCCCGAAUACAAAGACGAGCACUUAAUCAACAUGCAGUAG